AUCGAUUCAUACUAUUUUUUUAAUUUUUAAUUCUUUCAACUUUUAUACUUAAUUCGCAAACAUGCACGGCGUAAGUUUGAUCCGUUUCGUUGUCGGCGUCAUCGGCAACAUUGUAUCUGGCUUUCUAUUUCUGUCUCCAAUACCAACAUAUUGGAGAAUAUAUAAAAAUAAAAACACCGAAGAAUUCGAUUCAUUUCCCUAUCUCGCCGCCUUCAUGAAUUGCAUUAUGUGGAUAUUCUACGGCAUGCCCUUUGUGCAUCCCGACAGCGUUCUCAUCGUCACUAUAAAUGGCUUUGGACUUGUGAUGGAGAUUAUAUACUUAAUUACUUUCUUCAUCUACACCUCCAACAAGCAAAGGAAACGUAUAAUGCUAGGCGUAUCUCUCGCGCUAUUCAUUUUUGGUUUAAUCAUUAUCGUCACUCUCCUCACCCUUCACACAACUACUAAGAGGUCCAUGGUCGUCGGUAUCCUAUGCGACAUCUUCGGCAUUGUUAUGUAUGCAUCCCCUCUUUCCACACUGAAACAUGUGAUUCAAGAAAAGAAUCCGGAGUCCAUGCCGUUUUGGCUUUGCGUAACUGGCUUCCUAAACGGUGCUAUUUGGUUCUCCUACGCCUUCCUCAAGAAAUUUGACCCUUACCUUGCUUUUGGAAAUGGAGUUGGAGGAGCGUUUGGGGCAUUUCAACUCGCUGUCUACGCUUAUUACUAUUUCAAGAAUUCUCCAAAGGGUGUAGUUGCAAAGGAUGAAGUCAAGCCGGCUAUAGAACUAGUUUGAAAGUUUGAUCUAGUAUUUUUUUUUAAAAAAUUAUUCUAGUUUAGACAUUAAAUUAGUAGUUUGUUUUUUAGUUUAGAAAUUUUAGAUGUUCAUUAAUUUCUACGUUUUGGAACGAUUUUGCUGUUUAUUUUGCUAG